CAUGCUUAUCCGCGCUGGGUCUUUGUGCGCGUCGGGGAGGCCGGGCGGGCAUCCUGGUGGCGGACGGGCUUCCCUGCCUGGGAUGACUUUAAAGUCCCCGAGAAAAACCAAUUUUCUUCUCUGGAGGGUGAACAUUUAUAGCAUCGAUUUCACGGAUCUGGUAACAUGGCAAAAGAUGCCGGUCUAAUUGAAGCCAACGGGGAACUCAAGGUCUUCAUAGACCAGAACCUUAGUCCUGGAAAAGGUGUGGUGUCCUUAGUGGCUGUCCAUCCCUCCACAGUAAACACGCUUGGGAAGCAGCUCUUGCCAAAAACGUUCGGACAGUCCAAUGUCAACAUCGCUCAGCAAGUGGUAAUUGGUACGCCUCAGAGACCUGCAGCGCCAAACACUAUCGUGGUAGGAAGCCCACACACCCCUAACACUCACUUUGUCUCCCAGAACCAGCCUUCAGACCCCUCACCUUGGUCUGCCGGGAAGCGUAGCAGGAAAGGGGAGAAGAACGGCAAGGGGCUGAGGCAUUUCUCCAUGAAGGUCUGUGAGAAGGUGCAGCGGAAGGGGACCACGUCCUACAACGAGGUGGCGGACGAGCUGGUGGCAGAGUUCAGCGCCGCUGACAACCACAUCUUACCGAACGAGUCGGCUUACGACCAGAAGAACAUCAGACGGCGAGUCUACGACGCCCUGAACGUGCUGAUGGCUAUGAACAUCAUCUCCAAGGAGAAGAAGGAGAUCAAGUGGAUCGGUCUGCCCACCAACUCCGCCCAGGAGUGUCAGAACCUGGAGGUGGAGAGACAGAGAAGGCUGGAAAGAAUAAAGCAGAAACAGUCACAGCUCCAAGAGCUUAUCCUGCAGCAAAUCGCCUUUAAGAACCUGGUACAGAGGAACCGCCAGGCGGAGCAGCAGGCCAGCCGGCCGCCCCCCGCCAACUCCGUCAUCCACCUGCCUUUCAUCAUCGUGAACACCAGCAAGAAGACGGUCAUCGACUGCAGCAUUUCCAACGACAAGUUUGAGUACCUGUUUAAUUUUGACAACACGUUUGAAAUCCACGAUGACAUCGAGGUGCUGAAACGCAUGGGGAUGGCCUGCGGGCUGGAGUCCGGGAGCUGCUCCGCCGACGACCUGAAGGUGGCGAGAAGUUUGGUGCCGAAGGCGCUGGAACCCUACGUGACAGAAAUGGCUCAGGGAUCACUCGGUGGUGUCUUUGUCACGUCGGCAGUUUCAACUGCCAACGGCACAAGGCUCUCUGCCAGUGACCUGGCCAAUGGCGCGGAUGGGGCGCUGGCCACGAGCUCCAGCGGGUCGCAGUACAGCGGGUCCCGGGUGGAGACCCCCGUGUCGUACGUCGGGGAGGAUGACGAGGAGGAGGAGGACUUCAACGAGAACGAGGAGGACUGAGCCCCGUCGGCUCCAGGGACACGUCUGGGGAGAAGAACUUCUGCUAACGUGGGUCUUUCUGUUUCUUUUGUCCUCCUCCCAAGAAGAGCUUGCUGCGCCGCUGGGCUCGGCGUGCGCCACCGAUAAGCAACGCGCCGUUCUCCGCGGGGUCCUGACGAGCUGCGCCGUGUUUGAUGCCGAUGCACGGCCUCUAUUUACUCUUUCGGAUUUUGUGUUUUCGUUUGCUGUUUUUUAAAAUUCAGAGUUCAUUUCGCCCCUUCACAGUUCUUGCCGAGUUUGCUGGAGACGUUGUGCUCCGUCCGCGCCGAGGGAGAUAAAGGCCCUGCUGCCCGGCGGGCCCGAGGCAGCCGCCGAGGGGGAGGCACCGUGGAACCGGCAGAUGGCGAGGCUCUGCUUCUCGACGUUUUAUUACGACUUUAUUUCCCUUAAAUUAUAUUGACUGCGUGACUCCAUCGGGUUUCUACUUUGGUUUUGCUCUGUGUUGCAGCCAACGAAUUGCGAAGUUCUUUUUUUGUUUCUGUUUGUUUGGUUUGGUAAAAGUUUACUGCCAUGCUGGUGCAGCUAUGGAAACUGUCUGAAAGCUUGGAAUGGUUUAUUGCUUAUGGUAAAAUUUGCCUGAUUUCUUACAGGCAGCGUUUGGGAACUUUUAUUAUAUAGUUGUUUACAUACUUAUAAGUCUGUCAUUUAAAGACAUGUACUGAAACAAAUGUUGUAUUUGUUUCGUAAGCAUCUUCCUGUAAUCUAUUAUAAAGUUGAAAUUAAAUAUAGAGAAUGUUUUAACAGUUUUUUAACUCAAAAUUUGUCAAUCAUUUUUAAUAGUUCUUUUUUUAUAAAAAGAAAAAGGAAUUUCAGGACAGGCAGUAGUCUCUUUUAAAACUUAUUUCACCAAGAACCAUUAACUGCACAGUUGCUGUUAGCUGCCUGUUCUAAAAUAAUAGUCUUUUUAUUGGAACACAAACAGACUUUUCUGUAAUAUUUUGUGGAAUAAAGAGACUUUAAUUGUU